AUGUAAUAUUAAGGCUUUAAAGAUGUAGAGAAUCAAACACACUCUCUUUUAAGUGUUGAAGAACUUACUGAUCUAUUUAUUCUAAAUAAAAUAAAUGAUGGUCAAAGUAUGAGCAAGGUUAAAUAACUUGGGGAUGAUAUUGGCAUAGCUAGAAAGUUAAACUCGGACAUAAAAGUAAAUAUACACUCUUAAAGUUUGUAGUAAGGACUUGGAACAGAAGCAGAUGUAUUAAAGAAUAGAGAAAUUUUUGGAGACAAUUUACCAGUUGAGAAAGAACCGACAACUCUUUGUGAAUUGAUAAUGGAAUGUUUAGAGGACACUAUGCUUAGAAUUUUAUUACUAGCAGCACUAGUAUCAACAAUAAUUGGUAUAAUUAAUGAAGGAUUGGCAACAGGAUGGACUGAAGGGUAAGUUGAUUAUAUUAUGCAUUUAGAGCAACGAUUUUUUUUGCGAUAUUUCUAAUCAUAUCAAUAACUGCAGGGAAUAAUUAUUUGAAAGAAAAAUAAUUUAGAUAGUUGAGAAGAAGAUUGGAUGAUGGCAAAUGCCAAGUUAUUAGAGGAAAUAAGGUAACGGAAAUUGCAACCAAAGAUUUAGUUGUAGGAGAUAUUCUUUUGUUUAAUUUAGGAGAUCUCUUUGUUGUAGAUGGUAUAUUAUAGGUCAAUUUUAUAGGUUUGAUGAUAUAAGGAAGUGCAGUUAAAAUGGAUGAAUCUGCAAUGACAGGAGAAAGUGACGAGAUAAAAAAGUUACCUUAUUAAGAGAUGGUUCAAUAAAAGAAUCAGUAAUUAAAUCCAGAUGCUGCAAGAGGUCAUACAAGUCCAUUUUUAAUAUCUGGAACAAAAUGUUUAGAUGGAACAGGCUAGAUGUUAGUUCUUGCCGUUGGAUAAAAUACAAUAUCAGGACAAUUAAAAAAGUUAUUAAUAUAAGAUAAUCCACCAACUCCAUUACAAUAGAAAUUAGAAGGAGUAGCUUCAGAUAUAGGUAAAUUAGGUGUAAUAGUAUCAAUAUUUACAUUUAUUGCAUUAAUGGGUCAUCUUGGAUAUGAUAUUUAUUAAGGGAAGAUAUAAUUUUAAAGUCUGAAAACUUUGUAAGUUUUGGUAGAAUCAUUUAUGAUAUCUGUAACAAUCAUAGUAGUGGCAGUUCCUGAAGGAUUACCUUUAGCAGUGACUAUAGCAUUGGCAUAUUCAGUUGGAAAGAUGAAAGACGAAUAGAAUUUGGUUAAGAAUUUAUCAUCUUGUGAAAUAAUGGGUGGAGCUAAUAAUAUAUGUAGUGAUAAGACUGGAACAUUAACAUAGAACAUUAUGCAAGUUACUGCAUUGUAUGUUGAAAAUAAUACAAUAAAGGAUUAAGUACAUACAUUAAAAUCUAAGUUAAAUAAGAAAACUAUAGAAUUAAUGUGUGAGAGUAUAUGUUACAAUUCAAAUGCAUUUCCAUAAAAAGAUAAAGCAACUAAUAAGUGGAUUUAAAUUGGAAAUAAGACUGAAUGUGCUUUAUUGGAAUGUGCAGAUAAUUUUAAUUAUAACUUUUCUUAAUAUAGACCAAGUGAUAAAAUUCUAAGACAAAUUCCAUUUAAUAGUAAAAGAAAGAAGAUGAGUACUGCAGUAUAUAAUCCAAGUACUAGAUUUAUAAGAGUUUAUACAAAGGGUGCUUCAGAGAUUGUCUUAAAUUAAUGUAUAAAGGUCGUGGGUCCUGGAGGAAUUGAAUAAGCAUUAGAUUAGAAUGCAAGAAAUUAAAUAUAUAACAAUGUAAUAUAAACAUUUGCUUCAGAAUCUUUAAGAACAAUUGCAAUUGCUUAUAGAGAUUUGGAUCCUCAUUCUUAGAAUUCUAGUGCGUUAGGAUAAAUUCCUUAACUUACUUAAUAUAGUUAAUCAAUUUAAGAAGAUGAUUUAGAUAAGGAUUUAGUUCUAAUAGCUAUAGCUGGUAUUAAAGAUCCUAUAAGACCAGAUGUACCUAAUUCAAUAAAGUAAUGUCAUGCUUCAGGAGUAAUGGUAAGAAUGGUUACUGGAGAUAAUAUAUUAACAGCUACAGCAAUAGCUAAAGAAUGUGGAAUUCUUUAAAGCGGGAAAUAACCAGGAUAAUAUGAGGUUGUAGAAGGCAAGACAUUUAGAGAAUUUGUAGGUGGACUUAAAACAAUUAAAGAUAAAGAUGGAAAUGAAAUUAAAGAAGUAGGAAAUAAAGAAAAUUUUAAAGUUAUAGCUAGAGAUAUGAAAGUAAUGGCUAGAGCUUCUCCUGAAGAUAAAUAUAUCUUAGUUACUGGUUUAAUUGCUGAAGGCAAUGUUAUUGCAGUUACUGGGGAUGGUACUAAUGAUGCUCCAGCAUUAAAAAAAGCAGAUGUUGGAUUUGCUAUGGGAAUUACUGGAUCUGAUGUUGCUAAGGAUGCUGCAGAUAUUAUAUUACUUGAUGAUAAUUUUAGUUCCAUUAUUACAGGUAUUGUAAUUUGCUAUUUUAGCUAUGAAAUGGGGUAGAAAUAUUUAUGAUUGUAUUAGAAAAUUCAUUCAAUUUUAACUUACUGUUAAUUUAGUAGCUUUAUUCAUGUCUUUUUUAGGAGCUGUCGUUCUUAAAGAAUCACCAUUAAAUACUAUUGAAAUGUUAUGGGUCAAUCUUAUUAUGGAUACUUUUGCCUCCUUAGCUUUAGCAACUGAACCACCUAAUAUUACUGUUCUUGAAAGAUAACCUUACAAAAGAGAAGAUAAAAUUGUAUCUCCUACUAUGAAUAGAACUAUUGUUGGAGGAUCUAUCUACUAAAUUGUUGUUCUUUGCAUUAUCUUAUUUGUCCUACCUAAAUAUAUGGACUUAUCUAUGCCAUAAGAAUUAAUUGGACUUAAAGUAUUCUAUUUUAUUAUUUAUUUAGUUUCAUAAAAAUGUAGUUUAAAUGAGUAUAUUCUUCUAAUCCUUUGUUGUUAUGCAAGUAUUCAAUUCUAUUACUUGCAGAUAAUUGGAUUACAAAACUAUUAAUCCUUUUACAAAUGCAUGUAAUAAUCCAUUGUUUUGGGGUGUAUAAACAUUCACUCUUGUUAUUUAAUGUGUCCUUAUCUAAUUUGGAGGUAAGUUUGUUAAAGUUUCUCAUUUAACUCUUCAAUAACAUUUAUUAUGUUUAGGAUUUGGAGUUGGUAGCAUUAUCUUCUCAGUUCUUGUAAAAUUCCUAAUUCCUCAAAAAUGGUGUCAAAGUGUUGAACUUUUCAGAGAAGAAAUUAUUACUCAAGAAAAAAUGGAUGAUACAUUAGCUAGUAGAUUAAGAAGAAAAUCAACUACAAGAUAAAGAAAUAAAAAAACAGAAAAUUCAGAUUAUGUUACUGUUAAAAGCAUGUAAUUAAGUCAUUAAAGAAUAUGAAAAUAUUAAAUUUAAGUUUAAUUAAGGAAUCUUUCUUUUAUUAUUGUCAUCUUUAACAUUAUAAUUAACAAUUAAUAAUAAAAUUUAUUCAUUUAGAAGGUAAUUUAUCUAUAUGAUGAAACAUAUGGCUUUCGUNAAGGCAAUGUUAUUGCAGUUACUGGGGAUGGUACUAAUGAUGCUCCAGCAUUAAAAAAAGCAGAUGUUGGAUUUGCUAUGGGAAUUACUGGAUCUGAUGUUGCUAAGGAUGCUGCAGAUAUUAUAUUACUUGAUGAUAAUUUUAGUUCCAUUAUUACAGGUAUUUAAGUUUUCUAUUUAGCUAUGAAAUGGGGCAGAAAUAUUUAUGAUUGUAUUAGAAAAUUCAUUCAAUUUUAACUUACUGUUAAUUUAGUAGCUUUAUUCAUGUCUUUUUUAGGAGCUGUCGUUCUUAAAGAAUCACCAUUAAAUACUAUUGAAAUGUUAUGGGUCAAUCUUAUUAUGGAUACUUUUGCCUCCUUAGCUUUAGCAACUGAACCACCUAAUAUUACUGUUCUUGAAAGAUAACCUUACAAAAGAGAAGAUAAAAUUGUAUCUCCUACUAUGAAUAGAACUAUUGUUGGAGGAUCUAUCUACUAAAUUGUUGUUCUUUGCAUUAUCUUAUUUGUCCUACCUAAAUAUAUGGACUUAUCUAUGCCAUAAGAAUUAAUUGGACUUAAAGUAUUCUAUUUUAUUAUUUAUUUAGUUUCAUAAAAAUGUAGUUUAAAUGAGUAUAUUCUUCUAAUCCUUUGUUGUUAUGCAAGUAUUCAAUUCUAUUACUUGCAGAUAAUUGGAUUACAAAACUAUUAAUCCUUUUACAAAUGCAUGUAAUAAUCCAUUGUUUUGGGGUGUAUAAACAUUCACUCUUGUUAUUUAAUGUGUCCUUAUCUAAUUUGGAGGUAAGUUUGUUAAAGUUUCUCAUUUAACUCUUCAAUAACAUUUAUUAUGUUUAGGAUUUGGAGUUGGUAGCAUUAUCUUCUCAGUUCUUGUAAAAUUCCUAAUUCCUCAAAAAUGGUGUCAAAGUGUUGAACUUUUCAGAGAAGAAAUUAUUACUCAAGAAAAAAUGGAUGAUACAUUAGCUAGUAGAUUAAGAAGAAAAUCAACUACAAGAUAAAGAAAUAAAAAAACAGAAAAUUCAGAUUAUGUUACUGUUAAAAGCAUGUAAUUAAGUCAUUAAAGAAUAUGA